AAAAGAAUAUGUUAUGUGGGCUGAACUCCUUACGUUAUACAAUGGAAGUCAUUUGAUACACUGGUUAAUGCUGAUAAAUUAAAAAUAUAUAUUUACCCUUCAGAGCUAAUAAAAGAACUAAGCAUAGAAAGUGUAAUAAAUGGUGGCCUCUGGAGAAUGGGAUUCAGGGAGCCUGUCGCCUUAUAUAUAUACUUCUCUAUCAUUUGGAAAGAAAUUAUACACAUGAGUACAUUACUGCUAUGAUAAUUGAAACAAACACAAAGUGGGUUCAGGCCAUGGUCAACUUUCAAUCACCCUAUGAUAGGCUUUGUUCUUUCAUUAUAAAGCCGCACAAUGCAAACUUACACUGCUUGACAUUGCUCCCCAGGCUCACAGUGGUCAACUCGAGUCUCCACAACAGCGAUUACGUACUGGAAGGUGGACCGGAUGGUGUAGGAUGGGAGAGGCUGGUAUGUGAGUGGAAGUGGUGUAAAUGCUGAGAAACAUCUCGGUGAGUGAGCGUGUCUCAAACAUCUCUGGCCUCUGAAUUGCCCACAGUUCCUGCACAGGAAAUUGCAAGUUCUGUCCAAUACUUGAUAAACUUUUCAUAGUCACCAAAUUUCACUCCAGCUACUGCACACAUCUUGCAAUUUACAGGACAGCGAAGUAUCCUCUGGCAUCACUCAAUCCCAGAAAGGCUCUCUCCUUCGGCACAGGUCAGCUCUCCACCUCUGGCUAGAAGAAUGAAACAAUGUGACACGAGUGGAGGGUUUCCGAGCAUGAAUGCAACGGUCACAGCCUGGGGGACUACACUUACUCCAACGAAUGGAAGUGACCAAGCUGUUCCUAAAUGUGACAUGGUGACCCUGAUCCCAGCCCUUCCGGUCUUCAUCAUUGCCCUGUUUGGGCUGGCAGGAAACGCGGUUGUGCUGUGGCUCCUGGGCUUCCACAUGCGGAGGAACACCUUCUCUGUCUACAUCCUCAACCUGGCGGGAGCCGACUUCCUCUUCCUUUGCUGCCAGAUUAUAUGUUCCCUGGAGGCACUCAUCAAAUACUUCCAUUCCAUCUCUAUUGGCGUGCCCUGCUUUUUCAUUACUAUGUCGAUCUUUGCCUACAUCACAGGCCUGAGCAUUCUCAGUGCCAUUAGCACUGAGCGCUGCCUGUCUGUCCUGUGCCCCAUCUGGUACCGCUGCCAUCGCCCCAGACACAUGUCGGCUGUCAUGUGUGCUCUGCUCUGGGCCCUGUGCCUGCUGCUGAGCAUCCUGAAUGGGAACUACUGUGGUUUCCUGUUUAGGAAUCGUGACAAAGAUUGGUGUCAGGCAUUUGAUUUCAUCACUGCUGGGUGGCUGAUUUUCUUAUUUGUGCUUCUCUCAGGGUCCAGCCUGGCCCUGGUGACCAGACUGCUGUGUGGCUCCCAGCGGGUGCAGCUGACCAGGCUGUAUGUGACCGUCCUGGUCACAGUGCUGGUCUGCCUCCUCUGUGGCCUGCCUUUUGGCUUCAAGUGGUUUCUGUGGUACUGGAUUGAGCAUCCUUGCAGCAUGUUCUCAGAUUUUCUUAGAAAGACGGGGAUUACCCUGUCUAGUCUUAACAGCAGUGCCAACCCCAUCAUUUACUUUUUUGUUGGCUCCUUUAGACAACAGCGGAAGCUGCAGCAGACCCUGAAGCUGGUUCUCCAGAGGGCUCUGGAGGACAUAGCUGAGGAGAAGAAAAGUGAAGGAAGCCUUCCUCAGGAAACCAGGGAGAUUUCGGGAAGCAAUUUCAUGUAG